AUGACCCGCUACUUCCUGGCCCGCAUCACCUCCUCGAAAAAUUGGACCUCGGACGCGAUCUUGAGAGUCAUGUUGUUGGUCUUGCUGCUUUGCCUCGCCACCCUGGCUGUUGAAGCUCAAGGAGAUGAUGAUAUAUGCGCUAUCUGUACCCGGUCAGGGAGCGAAUGCAUCGAGCCGGAUGGCCGUACUCCGUACUGCGGCGGGCCUCUCUGGCCACAGGACAGGAAGAAGCGGAACGCGCUGGUCAAGCCGCCGGUCCGCUGUGUUCUUCCCAAUGUCAGAUGUCACGAUACCUGCAUCCGGAUCCAUUCGCCGUGUCCGCGUGGC